AUGUCUAUGGACCUGCUGGAGAUCCCUCUGCUGCCCUGGCAGGCCUGGCUGCAGGAGCCCUUGGAGACAAAGUGGGUGAGGCAGCUGUACGAGAGCCGCAAGAGGGGCAUGCUAGAGAACGGCCUCCUCCUCGGUUUCUUUGCCAAAGAAAAACUGAAUCAAAUGAAUAAAAAACAGCUGGCCCUUUAUGAUUGCCUGAUAAAUGAGCCAAGUAAUGAUUGGGAUAUCUAUUACUGGGCAACAGAAGCAAAGCCUGCUCCAGAAAUCUUUGAGAAUGAAGUGAUGGAGAUGCUUAGAGGGUUUACUAAAAACAAGAAGAGAGAGAAGAGACUGCGACAACCAGAUCUGGAGUACUUAAGAAUUGUGAAGGACGAGUGA